AAAAACCAACCAAUGAAAAAAAUUUUUUAUCUAAACUUUCUUCCUACAUGACCACUGCAGUGCAACAACAGCUGGGUGACCUACAGUGAGGGUGCAGGAGGGUGGGGAGAAAACAAAUUUUGUGGUUAUCUAAGCAUGUUUGUUUCUUAGAAUUGCCUCCGCUCUGAGAAAAAUGAGAACUGAGAAAAAUGACAUUGUUUAAAAAAAGUCCUGCACCAUAAAGAGGAAAUCUUUUGGCAGAAAUACUGUUCAGAAGGAGGCAUUUGAAACGAUUCACACGGCAGCAUGAAUUCAUCUGAAAAAGGUUACAACUCUGAACAUAACUACCCUGAUUACCCUGAUUACCCUGAUUAUGAUUCUUCAAUGACACCGUCAGUGCCAGCGGCUCCAACACAUACUUGCACUGAUGCGAUGUGUGUUUUCCUGGCAACAGUCAAUGUGAUUAUGAUGCUUCUUGGCAUCACUGGAAACGGUCUGGUGAUCUGGAUCGCAGGGUUUAAAAUUAAGAAAACAGUCAACACUGUCUGGUACCUCAGCCUCGCUGUGUCAGACUUCCUCUUCUGUGUCUUCCUGCCUUUCAACAUCACCUACAUGGUUAAAAGCGAAUGGAGCUUUGGUCUCUUUAUGUGUAAGUUAACUUCCUUUAUCUUGUUCCUCAACAUGUUCAGCAGCAUCUUCCUCCUCGUCAUCAUCAGCUUGGAUCGCUGUGUUGCAGUCAUGUUUCCUGUAUGGGCACAAAACAAGCGCACCAUACGCCUGGCCUGGGUGAUGGUUCUAGCAGCCUGGAUUGUCUCAGCGAUGCUUAGCUCACCAGCGGCCCAUUUCCGAGAUGUACAUACCACGUACCAUAGACACUCUGAGACGAUCUGUUAUUACAACUACGCAUACGACGAACAACACAUUGCCAUAGUUCUAUGCCGAUUCAUUUUUGGAUUUGCGAUCCCCCUCCUGGUCAUCAUCAUCUGUUAUGCCUUCAUCAUCCAGAAGCUGAAAUAUAACCAGACGGGGAGGUCCAAUAAGCCGUUUAAGGUCAUGACCGCACUGAUAGCCGCUUUCUUCAUUUGCUGGCUGCCGUAUCACAUUUUUAACUUAUUGGAAAUAAAUGUAAAAAAUAGCAUCAUUCAGAUCGGGCAACAAUUUGGAACCACGCUUGCAAGUGCCAACAGUUUUAUGAACCCCUUCCUUUAUGCUUUCAUGGGAAAGGAUUUUAAGAGGAAAUUUUAUGCACUUUGGUCCAAGAUUGAGAGCACUUUCGAGGAGGAAGCCCGGAGUACGCUCCGAGCAACGUCUAUUACUAACUCAGGAGUACAUUCAAGCGCUGUUUGAAUAGAAGAAUUCAGAUUUGCUUCUGUCAUUAAAACCACUGGAUGACUUUCAUAACGCCUAGCUUAAUAAGUGCAACUAAAGGAAAAGUAAAUAAAUAUACAAACUAUGGACAAAAAUGUGGGGACACCUGACAAUAAGAUUCAAAUAUGCUUUUUGAACAUCCCAUUCCACAUUUAGUGCCCAUUUGCUGUUUUGAGAAGAUGUUCCACUAGAUUCUGGAAAGUGCUUGUGAAGAUUUGUGUAAACCCAGGUACUGAUGAUCAGGUGAGGACGCCUGGGGCACCGUCAAUGUUUGAAUUUAUCCCGGAGGUUUUCCAUAUUGUUGAUGUCAGAGCUCUAUAGCAGGAGAUCUUCAAUUACAACCCAUGUAAAGCAUAUCUUCCUGGUGCUGGCUUUGCAUAUAAAGGCAUUGUCAUGCUGGAACAGGUAUGGGUCUCCUAGAAAUUUUUUUAAAUGAUAUCCAAAGACAUCCUAAACAAUUGUGUACCUCUAGCUUUGUGUUUGUGUAGAACCACAUUUGUCUGGUAAAGGCAGGUGUCCCAACAAUUUUGUCCAGAUGUUCAAUAUAUUUAAUAAAAGGUAUAAUAAUAAUAAUAAUACUAAUAAUAAUAAUAAUAAUAUUAAAAGUAAAAGUAUUGCAUGUACUUCAAGUUAUGAAACAAUGUACUAAGCGCUCAGCAUUUAAAGUUCUUUUUUUAUUUUUUAUUAAGUAAGCAAUAAAACCUGAUGAAAAAAAUGAAAGAGAAAAAAGAGAAAAUGUUUGGUUAUAUUUAAUAUUCACUUUGAAGCUUAUAUUUUCCGUUUUGGCAUUAACUCCUGAAAAAUGUGAAUUUGCAUUUUUUCCCUUUGUUUCUUUUAUAUUUAUUUAAAAAUGUUUUGAUAUUAUCUUGUUUUCUUUAUAUUUCUUCUUUACCUCUAGUUCAUUAUGUUUAUGUAUUACAAAUUUCAUAAAUGAAUCAUAUACCUGUAUUUCAUAUCAAAUUUUUGAUUGUGUAUAUUUCCAAAUAAUCCAUAUAUCCCAUCAGCCACUGCAUCACAAUUAUAACAAAAUGAUUCUUGUUUUUUUUUUUUAAUCAUUCCAAUAAAGGUUACAAAAGUUACAACAAAUAAUUCAAGUCUGAUUUUUGCACUAACGCACAGAAUAUUGUGCACAAAAUAAAUAAAUCUGUGGUAUACCUUAUGCAAGAUAGAAGUAUGAAAGUUAUACAUGAAAUAAAAAUAAAAAAAAGUAAUUUUGGAAUGGUUUGAAGAAUAUCAACAUCUGUGACAAUUUCAUUUAAAUCAGUUUUGCAGAAUUUGUAUGUGAUGAUGAUGAUAAAAUAUAUAUAUAUUUACAAUGGGAAUACCAACAUAUACCCAAUCUACCUCUGUGGGAGUUUAUACGUGCUUUAUACACACUUAUACACUUUAUACACGCUAUACAUGCAUACUCCUGAUUCUUACAUUUGCACUAUAAUUGCACAGAACUUUGCAAUCCUUUGCAAUAUUUGUUACCGAUGUCUUGUGUCUUGCCCUGUAAAGGGUUUAAAAUAAUUUGGCCUUAGGUUCAAACAAUGAUCCCCUGUAUGGUCUGUGUUAUAGCUUUAUUAUAAUGUUCCUGAAAAAAAAUCUGAAACCAUUUGGAGUGCAAAUCUAUACAGCUACUGUAUGAGUUUAACUGGCUGGAUGACUGGGUCAGGGCAUCUCCAUAAUAGCGAGUUUUUGUGAGAAUAGCGUCAUCCACGCUCUGAAUCAUGUGUGUAAUCUGUCAAAUGGAAAGAGAGGCUUCGCCGGGUGAAGGCACAAAGAGGAAACUAUAAAACGGACAUGAAGUGAAACCGGCGCUAGCUUCUGAAAAGGAAAGGAAGCGCUGCAGGGAUGCCGGCAGUGUGGCAUCCCGUUCAGGAACUUCAGCUGCGUCAACAACGAUUUGGGCACGAGAGGCCAAUAACGCCGGACUAAUUAAUCCCUGCCUAGUGUAGAUAGACACAGCUAGGUUGAAGGACAGAGGGGCCAGGAGUGGCACUAAGGUCAAGGCUAUAAAACCUGACAAAGAUCAACGGGGUGGAUGCAGCAUUGCAGAUGUCUUGGAGGGUCUCUUUAGGUGCCCUGAAAGCUAGGUCUGUCGCACAUUGGAGCUCUCGGAUUUCCUGACCAUCCCACAUGUCUCCCACAUUUAGCUCCCGUAACAGGUGUGUAGACAGCAUGCAGCUUGACCUGGCAUAAGCCUCAGCACUGCCCACCAAGCCCCUGUGGUUUUUAGGGACGAUGCAGUACCCGGCAGAGAUGGCUAGCCAGCGUCUAAUAACCCCAUUUUUUCAAUCCAACUAUAUUAGCAUAUAGCGACAUCUUAGGACUGAAGAGGCAGGCCAAAUAUAGCUUAGCCCAAGACCUGGACCUCUUGGUGUGCAGGUCCAAGAAAAAGGGCAGACCCCGGCAUGGAGGUUUUGCAGAAAGCGUUUGUCUGUGCCAGGUUCAUUUGCGAGCCCCAGGUCCUUGAAUGCCGCUUCGCCUCAGCAAAAGCGGCGCCAAUACUACAAGGAGCAGGAGCACCCUCCUUAAAGAGCACUCAUCAGGAGCGGUGCAUUAACAACGACAUGCAAGCUCAAUCUAUGCAUUCGGCUCCCUCGAGAACCGACCUAGCAUUCUCCGCUCUCAAGCAAGCAAUACAAAGGCUGUGUGUAUCCCCCUGUGAAAUAGCGGGGGCAAGGAGGAACAUGCAACUGGAAAGAGUGCUUACUCUUCAUUAUUGCUUUAAUUUCCUUUUUUUAUCAUUUUUCUUUGUACAUUUAUCACUUACCAUAGACAAAUACACACAUAGAGCGCUUCACGAACAAACAGAAGCUAGCGCCGCUUUCACUCCAUGUUUGUUCCCAUGUGCAGUUAGAGUUCCUGAAGGGGACUUGGUACUGUGUAUAUAUACAAAUUAUUAUUGUAUGGACACCAUUUUAUCCUUUUGACCUUUUGACCUGAAGCUCCUUGAUUCAGGGGGGCUGUAACUUGGCUGACCCUGCACUCAGACCCCAUCUCUAUCAAAGAUAGAUAGAUAUGCAAAGACAGAAUUUCACAAUGCUGUAAUGUAUAUAUGACAAUAGCCUCUUUCUUUCUCCUUUGACUGAUUUUUAUUAUUAAUCGCAAUACAUUUUUGCUUUACAAAAUAUUUUAUGUGACUCUAUUACACUAAUCCAGCUACGUAUAAAGUAAUAAGAUUUAAAAAAUGGCUACCAUAUUUAAAAGAAAAUGUAAUACAUGGCAAUAUUUUAUUUUUCCUUAGCAGUUUUCAUGUUUAUUUAUUGUAACACAUCUGUAUACCCCUGUAUACACAUCUGUAUACUUUUUUAUAACAUAUACACUAUGGAUUAUAUAUUCUAUAUUACAGCAUUCAUGCCAGUAAAGAACACAACUGCAUUUAGAGCUGUUUAUUAUCGAGGAUUGUACAGUAUCGGCCUCGAUCAGGCAAGUACAAAAAUAGUCCGUCGUAGUACGCCAGGUCUGUCUAUAGUGACUGGUUACAGUGAAAAGAAUAACAAAUCAAUAGCACACAGCUUGUUUUCAUCAUUUGAUAUCAUUGUUACAUUCAUCCCAUUGAAAAUACAUUCAGAUAGACUGGGUCUUUGGGGUUCGGUCGAAAAAAUAUAAUAGUCUCUUAUUUAUGUCUUGUUCAGUCUCAGCCUACAGACAGAUGAGUAUGUGACAUUUCGUGCAGGUCAUCUGAAAUUUUCACCCUUAAACAGUUUUAAAUACAAUUGUAAAUAUUAUUUCGCAGUUCCCGUCUAGUUGCUUUUGUGGCUAGCUAACAAAAAUGCAAAGAAAAGGGGCAGAUAUAUAAUGUACAGUAGAGUUAAUACUUUAGAUAAAAGAAAGAUUUUUGCAUAAGAACAAAAAUCAAUAUAUGUUUUUCACCUUUAAAAGAAAAACAAAUGGAUGAUAUAAAUAUUCAAGUUUAGGAAGUGUCCCGGUAAUCAGGUUGAACACAACACAAUCAUUUCCAUGCUGGACUGGAAUGAUAUCCUGGUCCUUCAGGAAAAACAAGGAAAGCUCAAAACACAGCGUGUCACUGACAUACAGCACACCAAUCUGUACCAACCUGGCUCCCAUAAAGUCAUGAGAUGGUGGUACAUGUACAGAAAGCUAGCAAGGCAUGGCAUUCAAAAAGUGGCUCAGGAAAGCCACAGAAUCAGCCGAUUUAUAUGUCCUGCCGCCCACAUGACCUGCAAAAAUGACUUAAAAUAACCAAAUUCACACCCAAACAGUGAAAGCAUGUUUAUCCAGUAAUGCAGCUCAGCCACUGCAUCUGCCAACUUCUAUUAUAGGGUGCUAUUAUUUUGGUCAUAAUUGCAUUGUCUCGGAUUUUCUUCCUUAACGAGUCAUUAAAAGGAUUUCGCUACGAAUUUGCCGUUUUCGACAGCACAAUCUACACACAAAUUUGCGUCACAACGUGAAGCGGUACAAGGGUUUUAUGAGUUUUAUUCCGAGUCCCCUUACAAAGUAAAUGUACACAAAGUCAGGAAAAUCAGACAGAAUGUUUUUUUUUUUACAGACAUCACUUCCUGAACAUGGUUCCUACAAACCAUUUGCAAAUACAUUAGUUCGUAUCCAAGUGUUAAAUGAGGCCUGUAAUGUCAAAGGCACAUGCUGUCAUGGUCACAGGGAAAUGAUGAACAGCUGGUUUAUGUAACCUGGUAGCAUAAUGUAUACACAAAUCAGUGAGAUGAGGCGAAAAAAGAUGUUGGUAAUCAUAUAAGUCGUGCUGGCUGGCUGUAGUUUUCCACUGUGUCAUGUCCGUGGUGGUGGUUAAGCGUGUAAGUGCUUUUGAAAUUUCCUUUCCAUAAUUAAUACAGUUGUUUAAAUAGCAACAGUCUUGUUUUCUCACAAAUGUGAAUACGACUUUUACCACAAGUUCCUUUAGGUGAGGAAGACCUUAAGUGGCCUGCUAUAGUUCUUUGAACAGUUUUAAACACCUUUGGGAUGAAUUGCACCCCAGGCCUCCUCACCCUACUAUACUUUACUAACGCCAUUGUGUCAGGAUGAGCACAAAUCUCCCCAAGCACACUUUAAACUCUAGUUGAGAGUCUUCCCAGAAGAAGUUAUUAUAAUAACAAAUGUGGGCUAAAUGUGAAAUUUGAGGUUCAAACGCUAUGCAAAUUUGAUGGUUGGGUGUCCGUUUGUCCGUACAGUGUAUUUAGAAUAUUAUAACCAGUUCUAUGUUUAGGACAAUGUACAGUAUUUGUUGUAUUUUCAAAAAAACUUUCAUGUCAAAGGCACACGCUGUCAUGGUAACAGGGAAAUGAUGAACAGCUGGGUAAUGUAACCUGGUAGUGUAAUGUAUACGUGACACAAAUCGGUGAGAUUUGUGUAAAUCGGAAAAAUAUGUUGGUGAUGAUAUAAGUGGUGCUGUUGUUGACAUGAAUAAAUCUCUAUGAAUAUUGCAGGUUGUAGUUUUCCAGUGUGUGGUGUCGGUGGUGGUGUUCUUUUGAAAUUUCUUUUACAUAAUUAAUCGUUUUAAUGGCAAAAGUCUUGUUUCCCACAAAUCUUGCACGAACGCAUUAGAGAAAUGAGAGCGAAAGAAAAAAAAUUUCAGAAAAACAGAGUAAGUUCUAAAGAAUUUGAGCAUUUUGAUUCUUAUUUAACACUUAAUCGCUUUCAGCUUGACAGCUGUUUAUAUACUGCUAAAACAUACAGCUCACUUUUUAUCGAGUCUUUCACUUGUUUUUCACGCCAACACCAGAACCUGUUUUGUGGCCAAGAAAUACCAAAUGCUUAACCUCUGUAUAAAGAAAAAAAGAGAGAUGUGACCAUUGACGUCACAGGAACCUAAAACUGCACUGAAAUAAGAUUAUGUUUGACUAUUACUCAACAUUAGCAUGAUGCAUGCUAAAAUUAUUGGUGUUGUGAAAUCGAUAUAUCAUCAGCCUGCAUCACUUUUGGACAGAUUCUCAAUAUGAAUAAGACUUUUACCACAAGUUCCUUUUCAGAACAAUGAACCAAAGGCCAAUGUUUUAGUGACAUGCACUCUUUAUGAAGUCAUCGCCUCAGGGUAUGUACAAUAUGUGAAAUACUAGUUAAAUAUUUUUUCUGCCAUUUUUGGUUCCUCCCCAAGCUGUUAACAAAAACCAGGAGUCAAACAAUUGUAUAGGAUGUCUUUAGGUGUGGUAGUGUCAAACUUUCCCUUCACUUGAAUUAGAAGACCCAAUCCUGUUCCAGUGUGAGAAUACUCCUGUGCUAUGAAGAUGUGCUUUACAUAAGAUGGAAGUGUGUGGGAGAUCUUAAGUGGCCUGCUAUAGUUCUUUGAACAGUUUUAAACACCUUUGGGAUGAAUUGCACCCCAGGCCUCCUCACCCUACAUUAAUUUACUAACGCUCUGGUGUCAGAAUAAGCACAAAUCUCCCCAAGCACACUCUAAACUCUAGUUGAGAGUCUUCCCAGAAGAAUGGAAGUUAAUAUAACAACAAAUGUGGACUAAAUGUGAAAUUUGAGGUUUAAACGCAAAUUUGAUGGUUGGGUGUCCACAAACGUUUGUCCGUACAGUGUAUUUAGAAUAUUAUAACCUCCAGUUCUAAGUUUAUGACAAUCUACAGUAUUUGUUGUAUCUCCAAAAAACGUUAACGUCAAAGGCACACGCUGUCAUGGUAACAGGGAAAUAAUGAACAGCUGGUUAAUGUAACCUUGUAGUGUAAUGUAUACUUGACACAAAUCGGUGAGAUUUGUCAAUUGGAAAAAUAUGUUGGUUGUUUUUCACGCCAACACCAGAACCUGUUUUGUGGCCAAGAAAUACCAAAUGCUUAACCUCUGUAAAAAAGAAACAGAGAGAGAUGUGACCAUUGAAGUCACAGUAACCUAAAACUGCACUGAAAUAAGAUUAUGUUUAAAAAUUACUCAACAUUAGAAUGAUGCAUGCAUAAAGUUAUUGGUGUUGUGAAAUCGAUAUAUCAUCAGCCUGCAUCACUUUUGGACAGAUUCUCAAUGUGAAUAAGACUUUUACCACAAGUUCCUUUUUCCGAACAAUGAACCAAAGGCCAAUGUAUCAGUGACAUGCACUCUUUAUGAAGUCAUUGCCUCCGGGUAUGUGGAAUACAUGAAAUACUAGUUAAAUAUCCAUUAUACGGACCAAAGGAUUGGGAUGCUUGACUUUUUUCAGCCAUUUUUGAUUCCUCCUCAAACUGUUAACACAAACCAGGAGACGAACAAUUGUAUAGGAUGUCUUUAGGUGUGGUAGCGUCAAACUUUCCCUUCACUUGAAUUAGGAGACCCAAA